UCAGAACUUCCGCUUCUGUUAUCAGGGGAAAGGAAGUGGCCCUAAGCUUCCUUAAAGAGUCUGGGACAGAAAUAGUUGGAAGGAAACCCUUCUGAGAGGUUUUGCUUCUAUUCGGCUGUUUGGGGGCUUGGUUGGAUCAAAUCAGGAAAAAUGGCAGGCGUGAGCAGCUGCAUGAAGUACUCGAUGUUCAUUUUCAACUUCUUGUUCUGGGUGUGUGGAUGCAUUAUUCUGGGAGUCUCUAUAUGGCUGCGUGUAAGCAAAUCAGCUCAAGCAGAUUUCCAAAUAGACAGCACCCUGUUUUCUGGUAUUGACCUUCUCAUCGCUGUGGGUGCUAUCAUAAUGGUGCUUGGUUUCCUGGGUUGUUGCGGUGCCAUGAAGGAAAGCCAGUGCAUGCUUCUCCUGUUCUUCAUCGGACUACUAGCAAUCCUGCUUCUUCAAAUUGUAGCAGGGAUUUUGGGAGCAGUCUAUAAAUCUCAGAUUGAACAAGCACUGGACUCCACAAUGAAAGUAAACCUUGAUGCUCUGAAAGGUUCCUCACAAAGUGAUAAAGACUUCCAGACUGCUUUUCACAAUUUUGAGAUACAGUACAAAUGUUGUGGUUUGGAAAAUGGGAAGUCAGACUGGGGAGGAAACUCAAUUGGCUGUGCAUGUGACAAGGCAGAUGAAGCAACAGAUGUCUGCAAAAAUAAUCUGUAUACCAAGUCUUGCAAAGAUGUCAUGAUUGAUUUCCUCAAGAACAAUAUGAUCAUAGUUAUGGGAGUAGCAUUUGGACUGGCAUUUGUUGAGGUUCUUGGUCUGGUGUUUUCAAUGAGCCUUUACUGCCAAAUCCAGAGAAAAUGAAACCAUGGAAGUGUCAGAAAUAUGUGACCAGCCAAAGGAGAAACCUUUGUAGAUUGAGAGAUUGGUGUUUGGUUUGGCACCCUAAAACAAAUCCCAGAAGCAGCUGUGAUGAUAACAGCCGAAGCACCGAUGGAUAAAGAUUUAUUCGUGCAUUAUGAAAUAAAAAUCUGUUUAAAAUUA